UCCGAUAGACAGCAGUACCGCUGCGGCAUUUGUUGACAGAGGUGACACUUUUUGGAUUAUGAUAUCUGUCGAAACAGUUGAGCGAUAAAUGUCGAUUUCUUUAAAAUCAAUAUUAUUCAUUUCUCAAUACUAGGUGUACGUGAGACACAUACUUCAAUCUACAAUAUUGAAAUUUUAAUUAGUUUCCGUUUUUUAUAGAAAUUUAAUUGAUGUUAAUAACCUAACCUCAACAUUUUAGAACACUCAUAUACAAUAAUUAAAAUGCCAGAAACAACGGAGGAAGACAUGGGAAUGUCCGUUCGUUUAACGAACGAUGACUUCCGGAAACUGUUGAUGACACCAAGAGCAUCUGUUCCAUCUGCAACUCCAGCUUCUAUACCUGGGACUGCUAGAGAUGCCAAUGCAAAGACUGCACAGACACCUAAUGUUAGCGGUGGUAGCCGAGCAGAGUUGCGAAGAAAGAAAAAGAGUUUCUAUGCCAAACUGAAAAAGCAAGAAGAGGAUAAAAUGGCAGAAUUGGCAGAGAAGUAUAGAGACAGAGCUAGAGAACGUAGAGAUGGUACUAAUCAAGACUAUCAAGCAGAGGAUCCAAUGAACAGUGCCAGUGCAUAUCGUGCAGUUGCACCAGAUUUAAAGUCAGGAAUGGACGCAGCUGAACGAAGGAGGCAGAUGAUUCAGCAAUCAAAAUUCUUGGGUGGUGACAUGGAGCAUACUCAUUUGGUGAAAGGCUUGGAUUAUGCUCUCCUCCAAAAAGUACGUAGCGAGAUAGAAGCAAAGGAACACGAACAAGAGCAAGAAAUGGAGAAGUUAGUGAAGCCAAAGGAAAAAAAGGAUAAGAAGGAGGGAGAAAAGAAAGACGAUGAAAUGCAGUUUAAAACCAAGAUAGGACGCAACGUUUAUAGAACAGUUAUGACCAUGAAAUCCAAACAGAUCGAAAGAAACGAAUUAUUCACUCCUGGCCGCAUGGCUUACGUGAUAGAAUUGGAUGACGAAAACACGGAUGUAGAUAUACCAACGACCUUAAUCAGAAGCAAGGCAGAUGUGCCCACCAUAGAUAAUACCCCUACCUUAACAACAAACGACAUUGUAAUAAACAAAUUGGCACAAAUUUUGUCUUAUCUUCGCCAAGGCAACCGUCAUGGUAAGAAAGGAAAGAAGAAUAAGGAUGGAAGGUCUAGACCUGACGAUAUGAAUGACAUGGAUAUUGCUCCAAGACCACAAGAUGAGAGUAUUUAUGGAGACAUUGGUGAUUACGUUCCGACGAUUGGUAAGAAGGAUCCGAAUCAACCGAGGGAAAAGAAAAAGACCUCUUACUUUGAUAAGCCUGAAGGUGGCUUGGACGCGGAUGAUAAAGCAAACACUCCACAAUUACCGAAUGUUGCACCUUCCAACUCGGAUGGUAAUGCUCCAAAGAAAGGAGCGCUUCUUAAUAAACUAGCUGCCGAGCCCGAAGGGUAUGCAGAAUGUUACCCAGGGCUGGACGAGAUGCAGGACGCAAUAGAUGAUUCAGAUGAUGAAGUAGACUAUACCAAGAUGGAUCUUGGCAACAAGAAAGGCCCCAUUGGCAGGUGGGAUUUUGAUACACCUGAAGAGUACAGCGAGUAUAUGAACAAUAAAGAAGCUUUACCAAAAGCGGCAUUUCAGUAUGGUGUAAAAAUGGCUGAUGGAAGAAGAACAAGGAAGUAUAACAAAGAAAAGAACGAGAAAGCUGAAUUGGACAGAGAAUGGCAGAAGAUUCAAAAUAUUAUGAACAAAAGGAAGCCCACUACGGUGUUGGAUGCUGCAUCAGAAUUCAAAGUCCCUAGAUAUUGAAUGUUCGAAUAACUUGUAUAAUCUUGUUCACGAUAUAUAUAUAUAUAUAUAGAUUAUAUAGAAUAUAUAUAUAUAUGUAU